AAGGUACACAACCACUGCGUCUACGAAUCACUACGAAAUGAGCGCGGAGAUCGAAAGCUCGGCUGGGCUCCAUGUUGCACGUCCACUGGGGCACCGACUUGAAGGCAAGUACCAUUCCUUUUGGUUCAAACGUUCAAAUUUUGUAUCUACUGUCCAGGUCAUGAUAGCCGCGCAUCUCCAGCUCAACUCUGUUCUAGGACGUUGACUUUGCAGGCGCAUUGACACCGACAAGCUACUUUCCGAGAAUCAAGCCAGAAUUUAUGCAGUGCGCCAACCAGGAUGCCAGACUGAGUUCCUUCGGCAUGGCAGCCUCUCGAUGACGUCGACCACAUACGAUAUCCUUUUUCCUGACUCGUGAUUGGUCCCCCGCUGCGUCGUCGAAACAUGAUAAAUAGCGGUCGUCAGCCAGGACGAACGCCAGUGUUCUCUCUUCCCUCUUUCUUUCACAUCGCUAUCAGAAAUUACAAUACGUUCUUUAUUUUCAUACUAUAUAGCAUCAUGGUUCAACUAGCUCCUCGCUUCGCCACCCUCCUCGCCUUUUGUUUCCUCGUGUCCGCUACUCCCGUCCUUCCUGCCGCUAGUCCCUACGUGUCUCUUAGCGCAGGCUUGGUCGACCCUACUCCGGGCCCGAAUAGUACUCAUGCCAAUCACACUGCUAGGGCUGUUGCUGUCCUUGUCGCCACCAAUACCGCAAUCCUCGUCGGGCCCACUCCAAGCCCUCAUGGGGAUGGGACUCACGCCAACCGCACUUCUAGGGCUGGCGCUGUCACCAACAAACACCCCGUAUACGCCAUCGAACAACACCCAGGUUCGCAGUCCCACGAACAGGCUCAGGGACAAGAUCCAGUUACCAGCGUGCAGAACACCCCCAGCGUGCAACACAACGUUGUCGUGGAUAAGAAUGCACAAGUCCAGUCCAGUCAGAGUCAGGACAAGCCAACACAGUCCAGUAGUGCUGCUGCUAAAGCAAGUCCCUCUCAAGGCAAGGGCAAGAGGUACGACGAUGGUCAGUACCACCCGAACCCUUCCUACGACAAUGGCCAGUACCACCCCAACCCCACGUAUAACAAUGGUCAGGACACUCCUAUUACCACAGAUCCGACUGCUCCCACCACUACCGCGGCGGAUGCGUCUUCUCCCACUCCCACCCAGACAUAUGACGACGGAUUGUACCAUCCCAAUACGUCCUACGACGAUGGCCAGUAUCAUCCCAAUACAGCCUACGAUAAUGGCCAGUACCAUAAUGCCGCUGCUGCGAAUCCCGCCCCCGUUGCGGUUCCCGACGCGGUCACGUCUGUGUUGGGUGUUGUACUCAAUGUAGUACCCGGUACCGGAACAGCGACCCCGACGUCCCAAACGGGCUCCACUACGCCUGCGACGACGAAUUCUCCAACGACAAUGGCCUCCUCCACGUCUACACAGGAGACUGCCACUGCCACCGCCACGUCUGGAACCACUACCACGACGGCAGCCGAUCCCACUGAGACUGCAAUGCGCGCAGUAGCCGGUGCUGGCAAACGCUCGGACGAUGGCCAUUACCACCCUGAUUCGAGGUUUGACGACGGUAGCAACCAUCCAAAUCCCAUGUUCAACGACGGCAAGUAUCAUGUCAGUACUAUCGGAGGCAAACGUUCAGACGAUGGCCAUUAUCACCCUGAUUCGAAGUCUGACGACGGCAGCUACCAUUCCAAUCCCAAGUUCAACGAUGGCAAGUAUCACAUCGGUACCACCGGAGGGAAACGCUCGGAUGAUGGCCAUUACCACCCUGAUUCGAAGUCUAACGACGGCAGCUACCAUCCCAAUCCCAAGUUUGACGACGGCAAGUACCAUCUGGGGAAGUAUCAUGGGAGGAGGGGGUUGGUGCAUCAGGAUAAGGCGCUAUCUAUUGGACUAUGAUGCAGAUAUCACUCUUUCACAUAAACCUUUACGUUCUCCUAAGUGCGAUAAGGAUAUUCGUUGAAAUCAUUGGGCGUGUUCGCGUCGGAAAACUCGGAAUUUUGCCAGGCGGGAGGAAUCGGACUGUUUUGCUUCUUCCUUCUAUGAUUGUGUCUGCAAACUAGUACUGCGAGAUACAGUACUUAGCCAGUAAAUUUCGAGGUCUGCAGUGGCUUUGCUUUCCAAUUUCGUUGCAUGUGAUGC